AGAACCGAGAAAACCCAACCUCGCAUGCAGAUUGUGAAGCCCAACUUGUAUGGAAAUCAUUUUGUUUUGCAGUAAUUUAACGGAACUGAAGUCAGCAGGUCCAUCCAAAACAGGAGAUGAUUGGCACCAAAGUCUCAACAGAAAGUUCUUUAACUAACAACAGCUAUAAAUAGGAGGGAAAGGGAACAACGAGGAAGACCCUUCGAAAGGCAAGAAAUGGAUAAGUCUUCCUCCUCCUCCAUUCUCUUUUUCCUGUAAGCGCAGCACCUGGAUGUUGCAGUCUCCUUGAUUUCUCAAGGAUGGCGACGGCCAACGUGUCUACAGUGGUAUGCCCUGCACCCAUGAAGGCUACGUCCAAUGGGUCGUUCCAAGGUGAGAAUCCCCUGGAUUUCGCACUUCCCUUGGUAAUACUCCAGAUAUGUAUGGUCGUCGUUCUUACCAGGUUGCUUGCGUUUAUUCUUAAACCUCUCAGACAACCCAGAGUCAUUGCAGAGAUCAUCGGAGGAGUAUUGCUUGGACCGUCUGCAUUGGGGAGAAACAAGGCAUUUCUCCACACGGUUUUCCCCCCCAAGAGCAUGACCGUCCUCGACACGCUCGCCAACAUCGGCCUCCUCUUCUUCUUGUUUCUGGUGGGUCUUGAGCUUGACUUUCGUUCAAUUCGUCACACCGGGAAAAAGGCCUUAGGAAUAGCCGUUGCUGGAAUCAGCCUUCCUUUCAUGCUCGGAAUAGGGACGUCCUUCGUUCUUCGUUCCACUGUAUCCAAAGGAGUGGCUCAUGGCCCCUUUCUUGUAUUCAUGGGGGUUGCCAUGUCCAUCACUGCAUUUCCUGUCCUCGCACGCAUCCUAGCCGAGCUCAAACUUCUCACAACCGACAUUGGCCGCAUUGCUAUGUCAGCCGCUGCGGUCAACGACGUCGCUGCCUGGAUACUCCUUGCGCUUGCUAUUGCACUUUCGGGGACCAACACAUCUCCUCUCGUCUCUGUAUGGGUUCUACUCUGUGGCGCUGCCUUUGUGACCUUUGCUGUUCUAGUUUUAAGACCGGCACUGGCGGUGAUGGCUCGGCGCUCCCCCGAAGGUGAGCCCGUCAAGGAGCUCUACAUAUGCAUCACGCUGUCACUGGUGUUGGCUGCAGGUUUUGUGACGGACACCAUUGGCAUACACGCACUUUUUGGGGCUUUUGUGGUGGGCGUAGUGGUACCAAAGGACGGUCCUUUUGCUGGGGUGCUGAUAGAGAAGAUUGAGGAUGUCGUCUCGGGGCUUCUCCUGCCACUCUACUUCGUUUCCAGUGGACUCAAGACCAACGUUGCAACCAUAAGCGGAGGGCUUUCGUGGGGCUUGCUAGUACUUGUCAUAUUCACCGCAUGUUUUGGGAAGGUCCUUGGCACGCUGACCGUUUCAAUGUUAGUUAAGGUGCCUUUCAGGGAAGCCUUGACACUUGGAUUUCUGAUGAACACCAAGGGUUUGGUAGAGCUCAUAGUCCUCAACAUUGGCAAGGACCGAAAGGUGUUGAACGAACAGACUUUUGCUAUCAUGGUUAUGAUGGCGUUGUUCACUACCUUCAUCACCACCCCAAUAGUGACGGCCUUGUACAAGCCUGCUCGGAAGGGAGCCCCCUACAAGCACCGCACUGUCCAACGGAAAGACCUAGACACAGAGCUCCGAGUGCUUGCUUGCUUCCAUAGCACGCGCAACAUCCCAGCCAUAAUCAAUCUGGUCGAGUCUUCUCGCGGGACGCGUAAGCGAGGACGCCUUUGCAUAUAUGCCAUGCACCUUAUGGAACUUUCAGAACGAUCUUCGGCGAUCUCAAUGGUUCACAAAGCACGCAGCGAUGGUCUCCCCUUCUGGAACAAAAAACGCGAUGACAAAGAUCAAAUGGUCAUAGCUUUCGAGGCCUAUGGACAGCUCAGUAGUGUGAGCGUGCGCCCCAUGACCGCCAUCUCCUCUCUCGACAAUAUUCAUGAGGACAUCUGCACCAGCGCACACCAAAAGCGCGUGGCCAUGAUUCUACUACCAUUUCACAAGCACCAGCGUCUAGACGGAGCUUUGGAGUCGCUGGGAAGCUCUUUCCAUGCGGUGAACGAGCGUGUCUUCCGCCAGGCCCCGUGCUCCGUCGGAAUUCUUGUCGACCGUGGUCUCGGAGGGACCACGCAAGUCUCAGCCAGUGAAGUUUCUUACCAGGUAGUGGUUCCCUUUUUUGGCGGACGCGAUGACCGCGAAGCGCUUGCAUAUGGGAUGAGGAUGGCUGAGCACCCGGGGAUAAUGCUCACCGUCGUGAAAUUUGUAACUUCCGGGAAAUCACUGAGAUUUGGUGCCCCUUCGGUUCGUCUAGCUCCCAACAAGAACGACAAGAAAAUAACUGCAGACGAAGCGGACAACGCCAGCGAGGAGGACAAAGUCUUCAUUUCGGAGUUGAUGAGCUUGCGCAGCAACAAGGAGGAGUCAAUACUGUACGAGGAAAGGGUGGUUGAAAGCAAGGGCGAGGUGGUGGAAGCAUUGAGAGCCUUGAACAAGUUCAAUCUGUUUUUGGUGGGAAGAACGCCGCCAAUGUCUCCCUUGGUAGACAGAAGCGAUUGUCCAGAGCUGGGGCCGGUAGGAAGCUUCUUAGCAUCAUCGGACUUUUCCACAGGCGCAUCGGUUCUAGUGGUUCAACAAUAUCACCCCGCCGCAAAUCUUCACCCGCUCGUGGAGGAACAAGAUAAUUAUGCAGAAACCUACGACGUUCCCGACACACCACAUGGGGUACAAGUAUGAGGCAACACUCACCGGUGUCCAAAGCAAUUACUUUCUGAUUUUUAGUCUAAACUUUGGAGAUGAUACACGUACAUUAUUACUUCUUUUCUAAGUCCCCAAACAUUUAAUUUUGUGUAAUUCAUAUGUAAAAAUAGUAAUAAUGGGGCACGUUAUUACUUUUUUAGAAAGAAAAAAAAAAAAAAAAA